AUGUUUUCUUCUUUUCGACGUAAAUCAUCCCGGGCGGAAGAGCAACCCCGCAUCCGGACUUCACCCUCUCUUCCAACGUUCAGCGCCAGUGGUCUACAGUGGCCUGAAAACCUUGUCGACGUUGAUGCCAUUCGUCAAGCGGCUCCUCCAGAACCCACAGGGCAAGGUGCGGCCAAAGCCUCUCUGCAGGGUCCGGAUUCAACCGCAGCCAUUCCCUUCCACAAACCAUUUCGACCUUCACCAGGUAAUCUCAGCAAUGGACCUAUCAGCUCUUUAUAUUCGACUGGAGCAACACCGGUUUUCGACACUCGGAAUGACGCUCGCAAAAGCACAGUAGCCCCUCGAUACAGUCAACGCCGCGCCAGGGUAUCUCCAACCUUCAACCUAAUGGUUGUUGGCGCAAGACGGACUGGCAAAACCUCCCUCCUCCGCCUUCUGGUAGAAACUGCCGAUAUUUCGCCCACAGCAACUCCAGACCAACGCGCCGCAAUGCAACGAUUCUUGCGAGGUUCCCCAAAGAGCACUACCGCAAUUGAAACGGCGGUCAUUGAGAUAUGCGAGUCCCGGUUUGAUCGAGUUCUGUUCUCGGUCAUCGAUACACCGGGCUUGGACUUUAUUGAGGGUCGCGAAUUGAAACUUGAGCGCCAAGUUAAUAGUAUAAUCAAAUAUAUUGACGCGCAAUACGCGGACACCAUGAGCGAGGAAUCCAAAGUCAUUCGCAAAAGCAAAGGCGAUCAACAUAUUCAUCUGUGCAUUUACUUGAUUGACCCUUCGUCGGUCAUGACAAAUGCUGCAAGACGGGCCCAGUCCUCGAUGCCGACUAAAACUCGUUCAGAGACUACAGUAUCAAUGCGUGACCCCCCUGAAUCGGCCAAUGGCUUUGCUGAGGAAGACGACUCGGACGACGAAACUGAAGGCCCACUAACAAUGGCACCAUCAGAUAUUCGCGUCCUUCGCCGCCUUGCAGCACGGGUGAAUGUCCUUCCUGUUGUUGCACGGGCUGAUUCUCUCACGGAUGAGAAACUUGUGGCCGUUAAACAAGCUAUCCGCGCCGGCUUGUCUGAAGCUGGUUUGGACUUUGGUGUUUUCAGUCCCGCAAAAAUUGUGGAUACUGCUGAAACACCCAGGCGUAAAACCCGUUUCGCUACCGAGCGGAAUGGCCAAGUAAAUGGCAAUGGCAAUGGCCACCCUGAAACAGUGGGCAGCGAUGAGGACGACGGCGAAGAACGGCAGUCUCGUCCCGUUAUCAAAUUAAAACCCCGAAAUAGGGGUCUUUCCCGUUCACGCUCUCGUCGGGACCUGUCGGUCGCGGCUGACGAUGAGCGCCGUCCGAUUUCUCCCGACGAGGAGAGCUUGGCUAACGUGCGAUUCUCUGCCCAUAUCGUUGCCAAACCCGAUCUGGAAACCGAUAUGCCAUUUGCACUAAUUGCGCCAGAAAGUGGAAAACAUGGCUCGCAGCGUAUAUCUGGCGCCAUGAGCACUGCGCCGUCUUCUCCUCUCCAACAGUCGGAGGAUGGCCAUGCUCCUUCAAUGGAAGAUGUUAUCCCCCCGACGCCUGGUUCGGUCGUGAGCAAUCGGGGACUUGCAUACCUUGAAGGCCCUCCAGACACCCUCAGAGGUGUUUUUCUUCGAAAAUUCAGAUGGGGGACUGUCGAUGUUCUCGACCCUGCCCAUUGUGACUAUGCUGCUCUGCGAACAGCUGUUUUAUCUACUCAUCUCAAAGUCCUGAAAAAUCAUACCAAGGAAGUUUUGUACGAAAAGUACAGAACUGAAAAACUGCUCGCACGCCGCGCUACGGCAAACAUCACGGAGGAAGAACGCCAGCGUCUUCUGGAAGAGCUGGGACUGUGA